UCAAAACAAUAAAACGUCACUUCAAACAAAACGAAAAAUCGAUCGAUAUUCGCCCUAUUUUCUAAGAGUUUGUUAAUUUAAAACAGCCGGCUAAUCAAAUAUUAACGAUCAACCAUGCAGAAGUGUAACGAUGAUAAUAUACCUUUAGCAGACGACGACCCACAAGUGAUAAUCAACGAUGAAAUAGAAAACAAUCAUUUAGAUCACGGUCGUUCAAUGGACUCAUUGCCGAGUUCGUACACUGGUGGUUCCUCAAGCCCUGGCCUCAAUGGGCCGCCUAGUUUCGAGCCAGAUUCCGGAAUUGAUGAGCAGGAAGAAAAGGCACGCCUUAUAUCACAAGUCUUGGAAUUGCAGAAUACGUUAGAUGAUCUGUCACAGAGGGUGGAUUCGGUGAAAGAAGAAAAUUUGAAGCUACGCUCAGAGAACCAAGUCUUGGGACAGUACAUUGAGAACUUAAUGUCAGCAUCAUCAGUUUUCCAAUCCACAACACCUAAUAUUGGCAAGAAGUAAAGUUAUUUAAGUGUUUGAUGGAUACGGCCACACUAAUAUUCAGAGCUGGAAACACUGCAAAUGCUUUUGUGGCAACAUUGAAAGUUAGGGAAACUCCUUUACCCAUGUUUAGGCUGAAAGUCGUAGGACCUUUAUCACCAUCAAUAUUAACAUCUUAAAAAUUUGGAAUAUUAACUUGUAUAUGGUGAAAUCGGUCCAGAUAUUGUAAGUGAUAACUUUCUAUCUAGAAUCUCAACCAUACUUUGCCUUAUCAAAUUGUAUCCCCAUGCAUUUAAAAUUAAAUAUGACUUUCAGCCUUGAUUACCAUUAAAUUAAUAUAAAACUAAUGCAUUAGUCAUAUAAGUAGUCUCGUGGGAGGCACUGAUGAGUGAUGAGUGGAAAGUAUAUUGUUCAAUGUAAAUAAGGUAUGGAUGUCUACUGGACUACUUUCAUUUCUAAUGCAAAAGAGGUUUUAUAUAAAUUUCAAAGACUUGAUGCACUGCCUUUUGAGCUGUCAAACUGACAGCAAGGAGUUUGUGUUAGAAAGAGGCUUAGCUUCAGAAUUAAUGCUCUUGUGUAAUUUAUUUUAGCACUUCUUAAAGAUUGUAUAAGUACUUGCAAAAAUAUGUAUGAAAUUGGACACUUAAUUUUGUAAGUAAUUGUAAUAUUAAUGUUAAAUAGGUGUAAGAUUUUCAAACAUGCUAUCUUUGGAUAUUUAAUUAAUCACUAUGUAAUUUUUCAACUGUAAGGUUGAAUUUCACUUGCACAAGGUCUUAUUUUGCUUACCAAUGUGACAAUUUUAUUUAUUGAUAUUUUUUAUAAAUGUAAUUCAAAUUAUUAUAAUAAAAUAUUAUUUUAUUUUUGUGGUGUCAUAAAUAGCCAGGUGUUGACAUUCCAUUUCAUAUUUUUUUAUUUAAUAAAGUUAUAUUCACAUGCUCUCUAUCAUUGUAUCAUUCAAAAAUAUUAUUGUAAAACCUGCCUUAUUAUAAUUAAUGAUAAUCAUUUUAAUAAAUUGUUUUAAUUUUAGGCUUAUGAGUAUUAUAAUUUGUAAUUAA